GACCUCCUUCACCAUCUUUGCAUUCGUUCCCGCCGAUAUCCCCCAACCCCCUUCGCUCCUUUGAAAUAAAAUCCAGAGUGCCUUAGCACUCCCCGUCAACGCGCGGGCAUAAGCAAAUGCGAGACGUGGCGACCGCUGCAUCUCUACGUUCAACAUGGUACUAGAUCAGUCAUCGCUAGUCUACUUGCUGGUGACCAGCUUGGUCCUGGGUAUAAGCCUUUUCUACGCAGUCUUAAUCCUAUGGUCCCCGCCGCCAAUAAUCACCCGUGAAGGGGAGAGAAAGUACCGCUCCGCGUCGUCCCCCUCCAAAUACCUCCCGCUCGCCUCGAUAGAAGACCCCGCGGAGGUCGACCUCUCCGUCGUCAUCCCCGCAUACAACGAGACCGAGCGCCUGCCCGAGAUGCUCGCCACGACCAUCAAGCACCUGGAGUCGCUCAAGGGCUCGCGGUCGUACGAGAUCCUCAUCGUCGACGACGGCUCGUCGGAUGGCACCCCGGAUGUGAUGCUGAAGCUCGCGACGAGCGAGUACCCCGGAGUUGAUAUCCGGAUUGUGCAGCUGGAGAAGAACCUGGGGAAGGGUGGGGCGGUGCGCCACGGGAUGCUGCAUGGGAGGGGACGGCGGCUGCUCAUGGUUGAUGCGGACGGGGCGAGUCGGUUCGAAGACCUCGAGCUGCUGUGGAAGAGCAUGGAAGAGCUCACCCCGAGCGACGAGGACCCGGCCAUCGCGGUAGGCAGCAGAGCACACCUCGUCAAAACAGAAGCAGUAGUCAGGCGCUCUGUUCUUCGUAACAUCCUCAUGUACGGGCUGCACACCGUUCUGCGCAUAGUCGGCGUCGGUCACAUCCGCGAUACGCAGUGCGGCUUUAAGCUGUUCAACCGCGAGGCCGCGCGCCUCAUCUUUCCCUACCAACAUAUCACGAACUGGAUAUUUGACGUCGAGCUCCUGCUCCUCGCCAAGCGACUGCAUGUCCCCGUCGCGGAGGUGCCGAUCGAGUGGCACGAGGUCCCCGGCAGUAAAUUGAAUGUGAUGACCGCGUCGCUGCAGAUGUUGAGGGAUUUGCUUGUCAUGAGGGGCAAUCAGCUGUUUGGGAGGUGGAAGGUGGCGCAGGGGAGACCUGCGACUGGGAAGUCAUCGGGCACCUCUUGACUGUGCGUAGAUCGUCUGCUGUAAAUGGAGAUAUUUAUUGCCAGACGGGUGGUAUUGCAUGCAGCGCGACUAAGAGCUAGAUGGUGCACUAGGCUACUCGGAAUCAAAG